AUGGUACCUCUCCUGUAUGCCACCGAGCAAGAGAAGCAGAAAAACGCAAGGUUGACUCAGGCAAUUCAUAAACUCAGUCAACAGAAACACACGGCUUGUAAAACGAUUAAACAGCUUAAAACAAAGCUGGCUUUUUGUCAGCGUCAAUAUGAACGGGAAACAAACCAAUUAAGGCAGAAACUGAAAAUAAACAAGGAAGAGCAACAAGACAUGGAGCAGGUGGUAGAUGAUAUGCAGAAAGAAAUGCAGAUCAUGCUAGAUGAAUUAGACCAAACAAAGCGACAAAAAGAACGUUUUGAAGAGAAAUCACAACGACUGGAAAAGGAUCUUCAAGAGGACAGUCCUGAUCAUGGAUCACAAGCACUCCUGAGAGAGUCACAUACGACUAUAUUGCAAUUAGAGUCAGAUCUGGAGCAACAGAAAGAGAAGUUAGAACAGCUCUUGUUGCGUACAACACAGGAACGCAACACCAUGGUUACAACACAUGCUCAACAAGUGGAUGCCCUUGUGCUUGAAAAGAAUGAACUCCGCGCAAGGUUAGUUCAAGCUGAACGAUCUGCAGCAGAACUCAAUUUGCUGGUCACGGUCGAAAGAAAAAAAGCGUCUGAUAAAGAACUCGAAGAUGCACUUAAGCGUACGCUCGCUGAACGUGAUGCAGCACUUGCCAAAACACAACAGGAAAUCAUGAAAUUGAAACAACAGGCAGACAGAUUGAGUCAAUACAACGAAAAGCAAAUCCAGAGAGAAGUCGUGGCUCGACUAGAAGAACUCGAGUCCAAUCUGAAAUCGACUUACAAAAAGGAGACGGAUACAUAUCAACUGCAGAUUUCAAGAGAAGUACGUGAAUUAUCAGGUCGAUUAGUGGAACUUGAAGAGGAACUAGAAGGCAUGGAAAGACGACAAGCUCAGUACGACCAACAGAUUGAAAACAUCAAACGGUCUCAAUUAAAUGCAGAAGAGGCAUUGAGAGCACAAAGACUUAUUUGGGAAAAAAAAGAGCAUCAACUCAAGAUGGAAAUGACAAAAUCAGAUCAGAAAAUUAUUUCUUUAGAAAAAGAAGCACUUGUGUUAUACAGUAAAAAUUUAGACAUGGCAAGGCAUUUAGGUGAAUUAGAUCUUUCAUAA